AUGGCGGCAGUGAAGACUAAUUGGUUGGCUGGUUUAGGAGUCAAGAAAAGAAGAAAUGAAAAGCAGCAUAAACACGAUGGGUCUUUCACCACCGUAAAAGCUCUUCCAAAGGAUAUGCUGGUAGAGAUUUUUGCCAAGGUGGCCACUCGCUCCAUCUUCGACCUCUGCAUGGUUAAACAAUGCUGCAGAGAAUUUCUUCACGCUGCGGAGGACGAUUACGUGUACCGUCAUGCCUCCAUGGAGAAUUAUGCGUUGGUGCCACUGCAAUGGUUGAAAGAAUCAUCAUUUCUUAAACGUUGCAAGGAGAGUGGUAACUCGGAAUUUGCGUAUCGUGAAGGAAUGGUUCAAUACUUUACUUAUUCAAGGGUAGAAUUGGGUCUCAAGAAUUUGAAAGAGGCAGCGCUGGAGGGUGAUCACGAUGAAGCCAAAUAUGUUUAUUGCAUGCUUUUGAUGUGUGGUGAAGAUGAAUUAGGACAAAGAAAGCAAGGUUCUGAUCUCUUAUGUUCCUUGAAAGCGUCGUCCACGUCUCUUGUGAGAUGCAGAAAGAGGGUAAAAUCUUUUGUUGGAACCAUGUGGCUGAAUAAUAAGCCUGUGGUUCCAAAUCGCAAGUCAUGUUUCUGCGGUUCUGACACGUCCGAUAGUGAGAGAUUGAAGAAGCUUUCAAGAAGCUUAAGAUGGUCGUCUUUUGAUGCCAACGUUGCGCUGCUGAUCAUGAACUUGGUUUGUUUUGCAACAUGUUUGGAGUCUUAA